AUGGCCGAAGAAGAAACCCAACCACGCAACAGAAAAGAACGCCGCGCCGCAGCAAAGGACUCUGGCAAACACCCAUCCACAGCAACCAUAAACUCUGCCCCCAAAAUCCCCAUGUCACAACCAGACCGCAGCGGACCAAAAGGAAAAACCCUACUCGAAAUCGCUGAUGAGCGUACCGCCGCACUCCAAGGCAUGAUGUCCUCAGGCCAACCGUUUGAAAAAUCCCUCGGUGAUGGUUUAGCCCGCGACGAGAACGGGCGAGUGCUGUUGCCAGCAAAAGACGGCGAUGGCGACAACGACGACGACGAUGCAGUCAUGGGAGCUGGAGCCGAGUCUUUCUUUCUGUCCACAAGUUUGGCAAUGGUGCACUUUACGCUCGACGUGCUCGUGUUCCAGCAAUACGCGCAAGAAAUCAGUUGGCCGGCAAUCUUCCAACGCACGACUAUCGCAUACCCGAUCUUGUUUCUGAUCGUCUACAUGAUGAAGUCGGAGAUGGCGAAUCGGUUUCAAACGCUCAAGCAACUGCUUUGUUUGGCUGUUGCGGUGGCUUCGGGUUGUUAUAUGAUUUAUGCGGGUAAUACGUAUGACUAUUUUGCGGUCAUGAAGCAGGCGCCUCCAUUGGGGACGCUGUGGAUUUGGAGUGUUAUUGAGAUGAAGUUGGGGUAUGGGCUUGCGAGUAUCGCAGUGGAUGUUGGCUUUUUGCUCUGGAAUGGGUAUACCGUGUUCUAA